CUCAAAUUAUUUUUACAUGUGCAUCCAUUUUGUGACGUGUCCUUAACAUCCUAGAAUCUCUAGGACACUUCUCCAAGCAUCCAAAGCCAAAUAAAUAACCAACACCAAUUACCCCAUGUUAUAUAUAUAUUUAAGUUGUCUUCAGUUCCUUUCAACCAUCAGCAAAAACAAACAGACAAACUAAGGGAAACCAGCAAUAGUUCAACAUCAAGCUCAUCCAUCAUAUGGCUUUGGCACGUUUGGCUUUGAAAAACUUGCAACAAAGGGUGUGUGCUUCCUCUAUCUUGAGUGGCAAUGUUCACAAGCAGAGGUGGAACAAUGAGUUGCUGAAAAGGUUUGGUACUGCAGCUGGGGACAAGGGAAAAUCUGAAGGCACUGAAGUUGCUGUCACUGAAGGGAAAAAGUCUAAUAGGAUGUUCCCAAGGAGGAGGGGCAGAAGAUGGGCUUGGAGAAAUGAGGAUCAUGAUGACUUCCCUCCUGCUCUUUAUGAAUUGUUUCCUUCAGGGCUAGGGAGUGCACUGAUGCAGGCAAGUAAUAACAUCAACAGGCUGUUUGAGAACAUGAAUCUGACACCUUGGUCUCUGACUAGUGGGCGUGUGAAAGAGAAGGAUGACCAUUACAAACUACGGUACGAGAUGCCGGGGAUCGCCAAAGAGGACGUGAAGAUCACCAUUGAUGAUGAUGGGGUGUUGACCAUAAAGGGAGAGCACAAGGAAGAGAAAGAUGAUGAUGAGCAAUAUUGGUCAUCAAGUAGCUAUGGAUACUAUAACACAAGCCUGCUUUUGCCUGAUGAUGCUAAAGCUGAUGACAUUAAGGCAGAGUUGAAGGAUGGUGUCCUAACUCUAAUCAUUCCUAAGACUCAGAACCCCCAAAAGGAUGUGAAACAAGUCACAAUAGAAUGAUGUUGGAGAUUUUUUUUAUUUAUUUAUAGGACUAUGGUGAGGCUAUGAACUUUGUGACUCUUGUUGUGUGUGGUUUUUGGACAUAAUGUAAGAAAACAAAUAAAUAAAACUUCAGACCUGUUCUGUGAAAAUUUUCAGUUGAAUAA